AUGGUGCUCCGCUGCUUCGGGCGAGAACUCCGCUAUUAUUAUUAUUAUUAUUAUUAUUAUUAUUAUUAUUAUUGUUAUUAUUAUUAUUAUUAUUAUUAUUAUUAUUAUUAUUGUUAUUUUUAUUAUUAACAGGCAACAAAAAUGUGCGAGUUGUUUAGCAAUAUUAUGCUGCAAAACGAGCUGGAAAGUGAAGUAGCGCGGUUUAUCACCCAUUUUCAAGCCUGUCUUCCAACAAGUUAUUUGCUUGAAUACUAAAUUUUGAUUGGAUAAUUUUACACGGCAAUCACUCCAUACACGGGACAUACGUCACUUGACAAUGCCGCAAACGUUUGCUAAGGGCCGGUAAAACAGGAAACCUGUACAGAUUUUGUUGCAAAGUAGUGGAACUACUCGCUACACUGCAUUUUUGCAAUCUACAACAACCUGAUUUGUUGCAAGACAAAUCAGGUUCCCAGCAAUUAAUGUUGCAAAUCAAGUUGCACAUUUUCAAUCCCCGUUUUACCGUACCUUUACAAAUCUGAUCUGUCUAAAUCAGAUAAAGAUAACACGAUAAGAUAACACAGCGAGUUCGAAAAUUCACCGUUUACAGCGAAUUGUCAAAGUUUAUCCCUUUAAUGAUAGUUUUAACGUUUUUCCCUUGAAUGUUUGUAGUUGCCCAUCCGCUAUCGUAGAAUUAUUCACAAAUUUAACUCAUUAAUACUUUUACUUUCUGUAGGGAUUUGUGGAACAACACGAUCGAUGAGCUUCCGCCUGGGAUAUUUUCAAAUUUGUCAUCGCUAAAGUACUUGUAAGUAAAUCGUGGAUUUCUUUGUCUAGAGUAUCAUUUUAUAUGAAUCUCUUAAAAGGAUCUGAAGACCUUUCAUGGUACCUGGGGGAUUGGGGAGACAAGAAAGGACUGACUUUCCUUGAUGUGUCCACGAUACCAAUACUAUAGCUUGUUCCUACAAAGGGGAAAUCACUUGAGCAUCCUUCUAUGUCACAGACAUCCCAGGCCCAGCCAUCAUAGGCCUCUAGACUUCUACUGAUUUGAGUCUAUUCAUAUUUUCUAAAACUUCACCACACCCUGCAACGAUAAGAAGAAGAAAUAACCUAUGAAAAAGACAAACGGUACCACGUGAUCAGUAAUAUGAGUCUCGCUAGAAGCACUAUUUCUGCCUCUCCAGUUUACCACUAAAUGUUGCCAAAACGCUCUAAUAUACAAGAAAAUAUUUAUUUUCUUAAAUCAGUGAUCCUUAACUUGUUCAAGCGCGUUCUAUUGACAUAAGUUGCUACAUUCUAUAUCUGGAAAAAAGACGCGCGUGACCUAUGGCGCAUGCGCAUAACAAUUUAAUAAAUUUCUGCUAAUUAUUUUAUAACACAGGCCUUGUAUUGUUGACAGGCUUAACGAACUGGCUCCCGAGAGGAAACUGAAAUGCAUGUUUACUUUUCCUCUGAGCACGAUACAGGGCGAAACGAUACCGGUUACAGAACAUAAUCCAACUUAACUGGAAAAUGAGAGUUGCAACGCUUAUUACUUGAUGGUUGAGGACCAGGUAAAAACAUUUAAUGAUUUCCUUUAUUCUAAUGUACAUUAACUUCAUUUAUUCUCCUGUAGGAAUCUGGCAAGUAACGAGAUCAAAGAGCUCCCGUCAGGGACAUUUUCAAAUCUAUUUUCCUUGCAAACCCUGUAAGUGAACAACGCACUUUUUCUUUGUUUAUUACACUGGACGAAAAAACGGAUUUACCUCUAUAGCAAAUUUGGAGCAAACCAUCUGCUAAUGCCACAUUUGCUUAACUUUGCUCAAUUUUGCCUCAUGACGUAGGACCAAAUUUGCCAUAAUUUUGCAUUAAUGGCAAAGGUGGUAAAUGCCGCAUUUGCCUCAAAUUUGCCCCGUGUGUAAAAACAAGGGUAACAUUUACUUUAUCAAGGCAUUUACAGGGGUGUCAAAAUUGAUAGCAAAACUGACAUUUGCCAGGUUUUUGUGCCCAAAUGGGCAAAAGCGAUCAAAGAUGAAUUUUUGAACGCUUUUGCUCUCUAUAGCAAAUUCGGUCAAAGUAGUAAUUUCUCACAUUUUUGCUCAAUGUAGCAAAAGUGACCUAAACUCAUUUUUAACAGUUUUGCCCAGGAUAGUAAAUCUGAGCAAAAAUUCACCUUAUUUGUGUUUCGCACAGUGUAGUAAAUGAGUUCAAAUUAUCACUUCUUCCAUAUCUUUGCUCAGUGUGGCAAAUAUGAUCAAAAUAGUCGUUUGCCACUGUUCUGCUCAGGGUAGCAAAUUUGGCCAAAUACCACUUUAUUCUCAAUUUUGCUCAGGAUGGCAGAUAUGAACAAAACAGUAGUUUCCCACACUUUUCCCCAUUGUAGCAAAGUUGGUCAAAUAUCAGUUCUUCUGUAUCUUCGCUCCGUAUGGAAAAUAUUGCCAUGAUAGCGGUUUUCCAUACUUUUAAGUCAAGUAAACAAGGCUGAUUAAAAUAUCACCUUUUUACACUUUCGCUCAAGAUAGCAAAUUUGAUCAAAACAUCAGUAUCCACAUGUUUCUUAUUUUUACUUGAUACCAUAAAUGACUGACAAACAAUUUAGACACCAACCAACACUUCAAGAAUAAAAUGACUUUAUUAUCUUUAAUAUACACUGUACAAUAAAAAGUAAGAUAAAUAAAAAGAAAGUUCCAUUGGCCUCUGAAAGGGCACUGCAUGUACCACAAAAUAUAUGCCUUUGAAUAAAAAGCACAUACAAUGUGAAACUAACUAAAUUCAUACGUGUAUAAGAAUGUACAUUGGGUUUGAAAGUACAAGUCAACACUAGCUGGUUCAUAAUUAUCUAAGGUUGGUACAGGUAAAACGUAACUCUAUUUGAGAGGUAUACUUUAAAUAUACUUUUUCUAGAUUCAAUUGCUACUAUUGGCAAAUGGUCGUACGAUAACGCGUACACAUCACUUCCAAUGUAGGUGUGACAUCCUUACUAAUGAACAGAACAUCAACCACAGGAAAUAAAAUUAGCCUCAAAUUAUUAUGAUAACCGAUAUUCCUCUAAUAAUUAUUUAUAAGAACUCGUUUUCACCUGAUAAAUAUUAUCCACUACCCAAAAUAGGCCGUGAAUAAUAUUAAAUAGUGUAUGUAGUGCUAUUCACUGACCCAAAGGUGAGAUACAUCUGUAUGAUUCAUUUUUAACCAAAUCAGUUAUAUAAAAAUAUUUCUUGUAAAUAAAAUGUGUCACUAUGCGAAAGCUCUGUGCAUUUCUAUGAUUUGGGUACAACUUCGAUAUAUUUUUACCCAGCAGUUUAUUCAUUUUGUCACCUUUCUAGCAUGUACAUGUAUUUUAUUUUACAGGUGCUUCAUUUACUGCUAAACUUCUAAAACUAGCAUGAAAUGACACCCCAAUUUUACCCUUAUCCUAUAGGUAGCAGAAAGUUUUUCAAGUUAUGGAAGCAAAUCUGCUAUCCACUGAUUUGGUUAAAUACUUAUAUUAUUAUUAUUAUUAUUAUUAUUAUUAUUAUUAUUAUUAUUAUUAUUAUUAUCAUUAUUAUUAUUAUUAUUAUUAUUAUAUCACUGUAAAUAAUAUGAUUCGGUGA